AUGCAGCAGAGGAAGCUCCCUCCGAGAUCUCAGUCCAUUAUUGCUGUCAAUCUUCCGGAGGCCGAGACCACCACUGACCAGGCUCGCCUGGACCACAACCUGCAGCUGCUGAGGUCGCACAUGGUUACCUUGUUUGAUGGCGACGAGGUGGAAUCAGCGGCAUCGAUCAGAGUAAAAGCGGCAUUCAGGCUUGGAAAACCCCUCCAGGAUAAUUCUCCACUGAAAGUGGUUCUACGAGCAGAAAACGAGGCCAAAGCUGACCCACACGCUGAAGGGAACUCCGGUGCGAUUCCUCAGGGAUCUUGA